AUGGCUUCGGUCAACUUGGUUGUUAUUGUUGAAUCCGUCCGCGCAAUUAUGAGUCAAGAAAAGGACAAUGGCUUUCACACUCAGGCCAUCAUCUCAGUUGCAGCUGCGCUCGGCGUCAAGUUUGCCCUUUUCUUGUAUUGUUAUACCCUCCAGUCAAAGUCAAGCCAAGUGCAGGUCCUAUGGGAGGAUCAUCGAAAUGAUCUCUUCAUCAAUGGAUUCGGUAUUCUGAUGUCUGCUGGAGGAAGUAGAUUCUCUUGGUUUCUUUGCAAACUUAUAUGUCAAACAGGGCUGGACCCUACUGGCGCUAUCCUCAUUGGUGCUGGGGUCAUCUUUGCUUGGAGCCACACUAUCUAUGAGCAAUUUGGCUUCUUGGCCGGGAAGUCUGCGCCACACGACUUCCUGCAACUCAUCAUCUACAAAGCCAUGACCUUCAGCGAUGAAAUUGAGAAAAUCGAUACUGUACGGGCAUAUCACAGCGGACCCGAUUACGUCGUCGAGGUGGACAUCGUCAUGGACGCUACUACCCCGUUAUGGAAGGCACACGAUAUUAGCCAGCAACUGCAGGAUAAGAUUGAGGUGCUUCCAAAUGUCGAGCGUGCCUUUGUGCACGUCGAUCAUGAAACAACUCAUGCUCCCGAACAUCGAAAAAUUAUGUAGGUGAACGGCGGUUGAAUGGAACGAUAUAUCCGCCAUGCUAUCAGUAUAUCUAUGAGAAUAUGUUGUUUCGUUUACUGGGAUACCCUGGUCUGUUUACAAGUGAGAAGAUUAAUAUUACUGAUUGCUUGCUGUUGCUGUACUCGUGUAAUCAUACUGCUCCAGGGCUUCCCCUCUGCAGUCUCCUUAUAUAGCGGCAUGAUUGCCCACUGGCUGAUCGAACUUCAUACUUGGUUGGAAGAUCAGUGCUUAUCACCGGCAUCACACAA